AGAUGCAUUCUUCACAUGUCGAAAAAAUGCCCUCCUGGCGAAAAGCUCGUCCCCCCAGAUAGAGGGUGACUUUGCCAUGGCCCCUCAGGGCCUGGACCAGGAAGAGUGUGAGGGCCUGCUGCAGCAGUGGCGAGAAGAAGGGUCGAGCCAGUUGCUCUCAACUGUGAGCGAGGGUCCCCUGGUAGAUAAGGGACUAGCCCAGAGCAGCCUGGCACUCCUGAUGGAUAAUCCUGGAGAACAGGAUGCUGCUUCCGAGGACAAGUGGUCCAGCAUGCAGCUGAGUGACCUGCAGGCAGCAGAGAACCUGGAGGAACCUUCCCCUGAGGUCCUAGGAGAGGAGCCACUGCCAGAGGUCGAGGGCCCGAUGUGGGCAGCUGUCCCCAUGCAGACAGGCCCUCAGUAUGCAGACUGUGCUGUUCUCCCAAUGGGUGCCCUGGCUGCAGAGGAGUGGGAAGAGGACCCUGCAGUGGUCGCCUGGAGCAUAGCACCUGAGCCUAUGCCCCAGGAAGAGGCUCCCAUCUGGUCCUUUGAGGGCCUGGGGCAGUUGCAGCCUCCCCCAGUAGAAAUUCCUUAUCACGAAAUCUUGUGGCGAGAAUGGGAGGAUUUCUCCACUCAGCCAGAUGCUCAGGGCCUGGAGGCAGGGGAUGGCCCUCAGUUCCAGUUCACUCUGAUGUCCUAUAACAUCCUGGCCCAGGACCUGAUGCAGCAGAGCUCCGAGCUCUAUCUGCACUGCCACCCAGACAUCCUUAAUUGGAACUAUCGCUUUGCGAAUCUCAUGCAGGAAUUCCAGCACUGGGACCCUGAUAUCCUGUGUCUCCAGGAAGUCCAGGAAGAUCAUUACUGGGAGCAGCUGGAGCCCUCUCUGCGAAUGAUGGGCUUUACCUGUUUCUACAAGAGGAGGACCGGGUGUAAGACGGAUGGCUGUGCUGUCUGCUACAAGCCCACGAGAUUCCGUCUGCUUUGUGCCAGCCCUGUGGAGUACUUCCGGCCUGGCUUGGAGCUCCUCAAUCGGGAUAAUGUGGGCUUAGUGUUGCUGCUGCAGCCACUAGUCCCAGAAGGCCUGGGGCAAGUCUCAGUGGCCCCAUUGUGUGUGGCAAAUACCCACAUCCUGUACAACCCACGCCGAGGUGAUGUCAAGUUGGCCCAGAUGGCCAUUCUCUUGGCUGAAGUGGACAAAGUGGCUAGGUUGUCAGAUGGCAGCCAUUGCCCCAUCAUCUUGUGUGGGGACCUGAAUUCCGUCCCUGAUUCACCUCUCUACAACUUCAUCAGGGACGGAGAGCUCCAAUACCAUGGGAUGCCAGCCUGGAAGGUAUCUGGACAGGAAGACUUCUCCCAUCAGCUUUACCAGAGGAAGCUGCAGGCCCCAUUAUGGCCCAGCGCCCUGGGCAUCACUGAUGGCUGUCAGUAUGUCAUGUCCUGUCAUCCCAAGAGAUCAGAGAGACUUAAGUAUAGCCGAGACUUCCUGCUACGUUUCCGCUUCUGCAGCAUUGCCUGUCAGCGACCAGUAGGACUGGUUUUUAUGGAAGGAGUGACGGAUACUAAGCCAGAGCGACCUGCUGGCUGGGCCGAGUCAGUUCUGGAGGAAGACACAUCUGAGCCUGAGCCUGAGCCUGUCUUCCCCAGGGCCAUAGGCACCAUACAGCACUGCCUCCACCUGACCUCGGUAUAUACUCAUUUCCUGCCCCAGCAUUGCCGCCCAGAGGUCACCACAAUGCCCUUGGGUAUCGGAACAACGGUGGAUUACAUCUUCUUCUCAGCUGAGUCCUGCGAGAAUGGGAACAGGACUGAUCGCAGGCUGUAUCAGGACGGAACUCUCAAGCUCCUGGGCCGUCUCUCCCUCCUCUCUGAAGAGAUUCUCUGGGCUGCCAAUGGCUUACCCAACCCCUUCUGCUCUUCAGACCACCUCUGCCUGCUGGCCAGCUUCGGGAUGGAAGUCAUCGCCCCAUGAUGGGGCUUCCAGGGGAAGAGAGCUGCUCUUCCAGAAGAGCUCACUGGAUCAGAGACUGUGGAAAUAUCCCAUGCUUCUGGAAACUUAGAUCCAAGAAACUUGCAUCCCCUCCCUCCCCCUCCCCCUCCCUGUUCCUUUUUUCCCAUGGUUAGAUUUUUUCAGGGCCUGUCCAGGUUCUCUGCCUGUGGUCCCUUCCCUGCCCCAACCUUUUCCUAAUCCUCCUGUGCCACAUACUUGGUGGCCCUUGGAGAGGCUGAAAGGGGGUACCCCUUUCCUUCCAUGUAUCCAGCGCUCCUCUUGAUUUUUAAUUACCAGGGUUGUGGGAGCUAUUGAUCUCAUUGGUUAUUUGCUUUCAGGCCGUUUCUUGGUGGUACUUUCUGAUCCGACCUCCUCCCUGCCUUCACAACCUCAGCACCCAGCCCUCUUGCCAGGCACACACGUGUGAGAUGUGUAUAGUAUGUGUGCAUCCUCUCAAGAUGGGACUGCUCUGCGUGGCCAUGCCUGCCUCUGAUCAGCCUCCUUUCUAAUCAGGGACUGUUGGCCUAGGGGCUGGUCAAGAGCAUGACCUGGUAUCUGUGUGCUGCCAGGCAGCAGUGGGGCAUGGGCCCUUCUCCUUUUAUCCUGCGUUUCCUUAGGCGAUCAUGCCAGCCAGGCAUACUCAUCAUCUGAGCCCUGGGAAUGAAUGGGUCCCACGGCAUGGAACAGCAAAUUUGGGGAUGAAUUACCUGCCCCAGAGGCCUCUGAGCCUUUAACCCAGAGCUCCCCACAGGCCCGGUAUGCUUUCACUAGGGCUUGUCCCUUUUCCCAGGCUGCCCUCAGGAGGGCAGAAGUUUGUGUGGGGUCAGUGGGCUUGGAUAGUGAUUUGAGGUUUAAAACGCCUUCAGGGUGAGGAGAAAGAACCCUUAGGAAACAAUUGUCUCACUGGACUCUGCAGCCCGCCGACAUGGGGCAAGGGUGGGGAUUCCAGUAGGGGAGGAGGUGGCAGGCUCUGCACCUGCCUCAGCUGGGACUCAGGACCUCAGGGACUUGUUCUCCUUUCUCCCACCACUUUUUACUGUUUGCUGCCUCCCUCAUUCCCUUCCAUUUUCUCCCUAGAAAAACCUGCUAUUUAGCUCAGGCCAAACCUUCUCAGCAGAAAUGCAGCCUUGGGCAAAAGUGAGUUGUUUAAACUAGCAAGGCCUUGGCUGAUCAUUGCCUCUGCUUUCCCUGUCCUAGCACAAGGCUAUCCUGGCCCAUUCAGGGGAAUCCCGGUGCCCACAUGUGUCACCUGCAUACCUUAAUCUUUUAUUGCUGGGUGUGGCCCCUGGUGUUCCUGGGCCAGCUGCUGCUCCUAUCCCUUAACUCACAGAAACUGUUGGCCCUGUUGAUCUGUCUUUCUGUUCCCAACUCAGCCUCCAGAGCAGGACUGAAGGGAUAGCCGAGAGGCUGGAGAUAGGAACAUUUAGCCAGACGUUAAUGGUCUCUCCCUUCUUUUAAAGCCAAAGACCCAGCUUGAAUUCUUCUGCUGUGUUUGUGGUUAUAAACUUUCCACACCUAGGUUCUGGGAAAUUUAUGUGUGUAUUUUUAAACAUUGUUUCCUAUGUACUGGGCAUGUGCCUGUCUGAGCCCCAGGCCUGUCUGUCCAUACCCCACCGUUCACUCUGUUUCUCUCUCUCUCUCUCUCUCUCU